CUGGAAGGCGGGAGACCGCAGUCGCUCAUCGUCCAUCUUAAUCUCAAAUUCAUAUUUCAUCCAAGUGGCAGCUGUCAAAGACUUGCAAAGGAACAACAAUACUGACUAACAACUGGUGCAUAAAUAAUUUUUUCACAGUGAUUAAUUAUCACUGGCUGAACUGAAUGAUUCAGAGCCGAUUGACAAUUGUCAGUGAAUCGAGAAUAGAGAGUACUGUGGACAGCUGAUAUCUAGAAAGUGGGCAACUGCCUCGUGAUGAUAGUAUCGUGCACUGUGGGAACAUUCUCAAGUUGGAUAGCGUGAGCCGUUGAAUCGAGGCGCUAAAUUAACUGGAAUUAUCAGCACUAUGGAAUAUGCGAGGUGUGAUCGAGGUGCAAUUCAAGGAUACGCGAAACGCCGCUUUCCAAUUAUCGACUGGCUGCUGGUGUACAAGCCAUCAUGGCUACUACAAGAUAUUCUCGCGGGUAUUACAGUGGGCCUUACUGCCAUCCCCCAGGGAAUCGCAUAUGGUGUUGUUGCUGGCUUGAAUCCUGAGUAUGGACUCUAUGCGGGAUUUAUGGGCCCUUUCGUCUAUAUAUUGUUCGGCUCGUGCCACAAUAUAACAAUUGGACCAACAGCUAUAAUGGCACUAAUGGUGCAGCCCCUCGUCUUCAACUACGGUCCAGACAUGGCAGUUCUAAUUUGUUUCCUCAAGGGGUGCAUUAUCGCCCUCCUAGGGAUAUUUCAUUUAGGUUUCCUCCUGGACUUCAUUUCCAUACCAGUCAUUACAGGUUUUACUUCGGCUGCGGCAAUUAACAUCGCUUCAUCCCAAUUUAAAUCGCUCCUCGGUAUUCCUGGUAGGAGUGAGGGACUCGUUGAAGCACUCAAAGGAAUUUUUACCAAUUUAGACAAAAUCAAUAUCUGGGAUAUUGUUCUUGGAGUUUGCACAAUUGUUGUGCUUGUUUUACUUAAGCACAUUCCAUCGAAACGCCGGGGAACGCGCCUCGAGCAGACCGGAUGGGUAGUUUCACUCUCUAGGAAUGCCCUAGUCGUUAUUUUAGGCACUGUCAUGGCCUACCUAUUCCACAUCAACGGAAUGGAGCCCUUCCGCCUCACUGGCUCGCUGGGCAGGGGGUUGCCACCCUUCUCGCUGCCUCCAUUCUCAACCACCUUCAACAAUAAAACUUUCAAUUUUGUGGAGAUGACGACGAAUAUGGGAACAACGCUCGUGACGAUGCCAAUUAUAUCCACGAUAGAGCACAUUGCUAUUGCCAAAGCAUUUGCAAUGGGAAAGUCUCUUGAUGCCACGCAGGAAAUGCUGGCCCUUGGGAUUUGCAAUAUAUUUGGAUCGUUUGUCAGAUCAAUGCCAGUGACGGGAUCCUUUACGAGAACUGCUGUGAAUCAUGCGUCGGGUGUUAGGACACCACUCGGUGGAUUUUUCACUGGGGCUCUGGUGCUUUUGGCGGCUGGAUUCCUCACCUCGUGCUUCGGAUACAUUCCCAAAGCUACACUAGCCGGAGUCAUAAUUUGCGCAAUGUACUACAUGCUUGAUUUUGGGGCUUACCGGCUCCUCUGGAGGGCAAAAAAAGUGGACUUCCUGACGAUGAUAAUCACGCUCAUCGCAUGUGUCUUUCUAGGCCUUGAAUUGGGAAUUCUAAUAGGAAUUUUAUCGAAUUUCGUUGUUUUAUUUUAUUUCUCUGCGAGGCCCGAUAUCCGCAUUGAAAUUGAACAGAUCGAAGGACGUCCCGUUGUUUACGUCACCCCUGAGGAGGCUGUGACGUUCCCGGCGGCGGAAAAUCUUCGUGCAAAUAUAAUGAGGCUCUCGUUGGAGAGCAUUGGUAACGUGAUACUCGACUGCAAGAACUUGAAGCGAAUCGACGUAACUGUUGCCAAGAAUAUAAAACUGCUGGCUCAAGACCUAUCAUUGCUGGGACAAGAACUUAUUUAUGUCAAUGCGACGGAAGAUGUGAGUCGUGUACUUAAUACAGUUGCACCGGAAGUCGCAUGCAGCUUCAAAGUUGACGUGUGUGCCUGAAUUUCAGGGGGUGAGUUUAAGAGGGUUACAUGAAAAAUGUUACUUUCUCUUGUUAAAUCGAAUUCAAUAUCUGGCGAUAUCUAUUUUAAAUUGUUGUGAUGAAAUAAAUCAAUGAAAAGCCA